UUCGUCUUCCUCGGCAUGCUGGCUGAGUAGUGUAGGGUAAUGCUGCGGUAAACGGCGUUCCAUUUCGUUAAAGUGCGUUAAACGCUUUAACGUGCUGUACCGAACUCUAUGAACUACCAUAGAAACUCGCUGCGACUGCUUGCAUUUCCUUGCAGUGCGCUACUCCUCGCUGCAGCUCACUAUCCACUAUUCUCGUGGGCGCACCGUACGCUCGCGCUUCUGCGAGCAACCGCCAUCAUAAGAAAAAGUGCAAUUAUUGCUUUAAUUGUUGAACAUUAGGUGCAUUUGGUUGUUCCUUUGUGUUUACAAUGUUACCUUAUAAUUCUCCGUACGAGGUUACGAGUAGGAAACGCAAGUUAUCAGAUGAAAAUGACGCAGUCCAUCAACAAGGCGCGCCUGUUUCUUACUCGCCAAAUAUGGGACAAACAAUGGGUUAUAUGAGCUCGUCUCCCUCGAAUAUGUCGCCUGGAGAAAAUGCCGGACGUGUUCCGCAAUUACAGAACGGACAAUCGUACUCUGGACAACCAUCUCAGCAACAGUUGUACUACCAACAACAAUAUCAGUCAAUGUUACAGGCCCAAAUGUCUGGAAAACAGGCGUCUCCUUACGAAUAUCAACAACGGGCCGGUAUGGAUCGUGUCCAAAUGCCGUAUGGAGCUUACAAUGGCGUUUCUGGCAUGUCACCCGGGCCUCCAUCGAUGUCGGCAGCCGGGAUGCAGCAACAAGCCAUGAAUAGCGCGUACAUGAUGCAGUACAACGGCCAAAUGGCGUCGGCGAUGCCUUCAUACACUCGCGUUGCCAAUUCUCAGUAUGGUUAUCGACAGGCAAUGCCUAUGCAACAGCAUCAGCAGCCUCCCCCGCCGCAACAGCAGCAACAGCAGCCUACUCCUGGCGCAGGGUCUUUGAGCUCUUUAGAAGCACACUUCCCAGAGUCUAUAAUUAAAGCUGUGCAGCGGAUUCGCUACCACGUCCCUCAAGCUUCCACGCACUUGGUCAUCAAUGUGCUGGCACAAACUAGCUGGAACGAGGUAACGGCUCUCUCGAUCUUAUCCCAAAAACUGCUUGGCUACGACGUUUCUUCUCGGUUACAACAAGCAUCACAAAUGUCGGCCAAUGCCGCACAAAUGCCUGCCAUGGUUUAUCCUCAGUAUGAAAGCUCAAAACGAACCGUGCAGUCGCAGAAGAGGUCUAUUCGUGACAGAUACAUGCAGAACCAGGCAAACGCCGCUGCUGCUACUGGCUCAUCUGCCGCUGCUCAAUAUGUCCCACCUCAAACACACAUUACUCUUCGCAAGUCCAGUAAGCGCACGGGUGAAGACGAUGAUUUUUACGACUCGGAAGAGGAGUCGGAAACAGAAAUCGUUCGUGAUACUUCUGCUUUGGAAAACACUGUGCUGCAUUUCCUCAACACCUGUUCCGCAAAGGAGCUCUCCGACACUGCCAGCUGUCCUUUGGAUCAUUCAAAAAUUCUCCUCGAACACCGCCCCUUCCAGACAUUGGCUGAGGCAUGUGUCAUCAAGCAUCCCGAUGAUGUACCUAGCAAGCCAGGAAAGCGCGGAAAGCGUCGUGAAAAACAACCCUUGGGACAGAAAAUCGUCAAUACGUGUAUGGAAACAAUGGAAGGCUACUACGCCAUCGACUCUCUCAUUGCUCGCUGUGAGUCUUUGGGUCGGCGGAUUUCGCAAGGUAUGGAGUCUUGGGGUGUGUCGCUGAACAAUGCUUCUGGGGAGGUGAACCUUACAGACGUGAAUGCCUCUAACGCAACGACGGACCCUGCAGAGGCGGUUAACUCCUCCGGCUUCGCAAAGUUCGUUACUGUGCAGCCAAAAUGCAUGGGUGAAGGCAUCGUUUUGAAGUCGUACCAGCUUGUUGGCAUGAACUGGUUGAACCUUCUUUACCGGCAAAAUCUUUCUGGCAUUUUGGCCGACGAGAUGGGUCUCGGAAAAACAUGUCAAGUGGUAUCCUUCUUUGCUCUCUUGCUCGAAUCGGGGCGGGUUGGUCCCCAUUUGGUUGUUGUGCCGUCUUCGACACUUGAAAAUUGGCUUCGGGAAUUGGCACGGUUUUGUCCUAGUCUUAAGGUUGAACCGUACUACGGUAACCAGCAGGAACGUGCUGAAAUUCGUGAAGCAAUUGAAGAAAACGAAGCCGGAUACAAUGUGCUGGUCACCACGUAUCAGUUAGCUACCAGUAGCAAGGAGGAUCGCGCUUUUUUGAAACGCCAGAAGUUCGAUGUCUGUGUAUAUGAUGAGGGUCAUUACUUAAAAAAUAGAAUGUCGGAACGUUAUCGUCAUUUGAUGAAUAUCAAUGCUAGCUUCCGUCUUUUGCUUACGGGUACACCAUUACAAAACAACUUGAAAGAACUUGUUUCCCUUCUCGCCUUUAUUCUUCCGAAUAUGUUUGACAACAACAUGGAAGGUUUGGAUGUAAUCUUUAAAGCAAAGCCUACUGCUGAUGGUGACAUUGAGCAAGCAUUGCUUUCCAAACAGCGUAUCAGCAGAGCCAAAACGAUGAUGACACCUUUUGUCCUUCGUCGUCGAAAAAUGCAGGUGCUAAAUGACUUGUCACCAAAAAUUCAAAUUAUCGAGAAUUGUGAACUGUCUGCUGAGCAAAAAACUAUCUAUGAUCGUUAUAACAAUCUUCGUACCAUGAAGAAGGAGGCGAAGAAGAACGGCGUUCCUUUGCCCGAAGAUAAGAGCAAGACACCUCCUGCCGGUCAUAUUCUAAUGCAACUUAGAAAGGCAGCGAAUCAUGCUCUUCUGUUCAGGGAGAAAUACACCGACAAAAUAAUAAGAAAAAUGGCAAAAGAUAUCAUGACUGAGGAGCAGUACAAAAAUGCUAAUGAACAAUACAUCUAUGAAGACAUGGAAGUCAUGUCAGACUUUGAGUUACACAAACUCUGUCGAAACUUUCCUUCAUUACAUCCUUACAUGUUAAAGGAUGAUCCCUGGAUGAAAUCCGGAAAGAUCGAUGUGCUCAAAAAACUGCUCCCGAAAAUGAAAGAACAGGGAGAUCGAAUCCUGAUUUUCAGCCAGUUCACACAAGUCAUUGAUAUUUUGGAACAAGUGCUGGACACGCUGAAGAUCACCUACACUCGCUUAGAUGGGUCAACUCAGGUAGAAACAAGGCAGGAUAUUAUAGAUCAGUUUCAUCGUGAAACUGAUAUUACCGUCUUUCUUUUGUCAACCAAGGCUGGUGGCUUUGGCAUUAAUCUUGCAUGCGCAAAUGUGGUCAUCCUGUACGACUGUUCAUACAAUCCAUUCGAUGAUCUACAAGCAGAGGAUCGUGCUCAUCGUGUUGGGCAGACCAAGCAAGUUACUGUGAUUCGGCUAAUAACAAAAAACACUGUUGAAGAAUACAUCCAACGUCUCGCAAAUACAAAAUUGGCUCUCGAUAUGAGUCUCAGUUCUGAGAAUAAGGACCGCGAAAUGUUGGGAGAGAAGUUGGUCCAAGAUAUGCUGGAAGCAGAUAUUCCUCAGACUACUGUUGGAAACGAGGUGAAUGAACCUACCACUGAAAAUAAUGAAACGGCCUCUACUUUGAACACGGAUGCCACUGCAGCAAACCCUCCUCCUGAAGAGGAAAAUGAAAUGACGCCCAGCGAGGAAGUAAACUCAUCCAAUGUCAAUGCAGAUGCCAAUGCACACGCAGAAGAUGAGGAUGCGUCUAAAGAGGAAUCGAACGACAAUGUUGCAGACGAGAAGAAUUCCUCAGCUGAGUCUAUACCAAAGGAAGAAACUGAAGCGCAUACCGAGGUUUCCCAAGAGGCGACGCCGGAUGCACGGACUACUGAUGAUGAUAAGACUGCUGUUAAUGAUUUAACGACCUCUUCUGCUCAACAGCAACUAGAGAAGGAAGGCUUGAGCAUACCGGACAAACAGGAGCCUGAACCGAAAAAGGACGCAAAUGAAUCCACAGACGCUUCUCCGACACUAAAAGAAACGUCAAAUGUAGAAAACAGCGAUAAAGAGUCCGUCAUUCAGCAAUCACCAACCACAACUGCCGACUCGCUUCCAACGCCAGCAGAAUCUGAGCAGCCUGCUCAGCCUUAAGUAAAAAGUAUUAACUAUUCUAACGACCACCACCCACUGCUGUUUCCUUAUAUGCCAUCCAUUACGCUGAUUCUUACUCCCUUCUCUUCUGAUUGUUUCAAUAACUCUGUUAAAGCCAAUCGAUGAUGUCUUCUCCGUGGAAGUUGUGAUCAGUUUUUGUUUAUCUAUCUACCUGUCCGUGCCUUUCAGCAGAUAUACACGGUUCAUUGCCAGUAUCUUAUCGGGGUUGCAAAGGUAUUAUUUCUUCUAUGGAAAGACAUGCAUUUUGUAAGACGAUAGUCGAGUGCUAAACCGCAGAUCAAUUCAUUCUCUUUGCGUCCAUUUUUUGUUUUUCUUUUUAAAAUUUGAUCCGUUUACGUGUAUCUAAGUCGGUUUUUCAGUGCA